AAUGUUUUCACUCUGUUGUCAUUAACACACAGGUCCAAAAGACACACACAUGCACAAACAGGACCUAUACAUGCACAAAGUGGAGAGACGUCAGAGUGAGGGGGCUGCUAACUUUGUAGCACAUUAGCUGAAGGUGGUUUCGAUUUUUUUACUUGAAUCUCUGAACUUUAUUUAAAACAGUGAUCUGAUGUCAGUUAUGACCAGAUUGUCUCUGUGUGUGUGUGUGUGUGUGUGUCUGUGUCUGUGUGUGUGUGUGUGUGUGUGUGUGUCUGUGUGUGUGUGUCUGUGUUUGUAUCUGUGUGUGUGUCUCUCCCUGCCCUCACCCCCCUCCCUUUCUCCUGAGCGCAUGCGCAGUUAGCUCCGCGCUUCCUUAUUUCCGUGUUGUGUGGCUGUCAGCAGAGUGAGGCGGAUCGUCAGACACGAAAAGAACCAAAGAAGAACAAUAAAAGAUGAAGAACAAAGUCAGCAGCACUCAAGUGAGUGUGAAGCGGCGGUCCUGGUCCUGGCAGCAGUACCUGAACGAACAGAAAGCUGAAGCUGCUCCUCUGUCGCUGUUUACACAGUCCCAGUCUUUUCCUAGUUGGAGAACUGGUUUUAAUGUUGGGAUGAAGCUGGAGGGUAUCGACCCACUGCACCCCUCCAUGUUCUGUGUACUGACGGUUGCUGAGGUGAUUGGCUUUCGGCUCCGUCUCCAUAUCGACGGAUACUCAGAGUGCUAUGACUUCUGGAUAAACGCUGAUUCAGCAGACAUCAGACCAACAGGGUGGUGUCAAGAAAACAAUCGCAAGCUCCACCCACCUAAAGGCCACAGUGAGACAAAUUUCGAUUGGGAGGUCUACCUUCAGUCCACAGGGUCUCAUGCUGCUCCGCCCACCCUGUUCACCUGUCGCACUGCAAGCUGUGGGUUCAGUGUGGGGAUGAAGUUGGAGGCGGUCGACAAAAAGAACCCCGGGCUCGUUUGCGUUGCCUCCAUCGCUGAUGUCAUCGAGGACCACAUCCUGGUUCACUUCGACAACUGGGACGACACAUACGACUACUGGUGUGACAGCAGCAGUCCGUACAUCCAUCCUGUGGGCUGGUGUGAACAACAUGGACGACCUCUGACUGCUCCACAAGGUCACCCCAACCCAGAGAAUUUCGUGUGGCAGGAAUACUUACAGGAAACUGGUUCCACAGCCGCUCCCAGUUCAGCUUUCACACUGAGAGCUCCACACAAUUUCCAAGUCAAUCAGAAACUGGAGGCGGUUGACCGGAGGAACCCCAUGUUAAUCCGAGUCGCCACGGUAACAGAGACAGAAGACUACAGAGUGAAGGUUCAUUAUGACGGCUGGUCGCAGCAGUUUGACGUCUGGUGUGACAGCGACCUCUGUGACCUUCACCCUGUCGGCUGGUGUCAACGCACAGGACACUCGCUGGAGCCCCCAUCAGGUUCCUCCCCCCUGUCCUCCCCCUCUCAGGGUGUCUGUCCCACUCCAGGCUGCAGAGGGGUCGGACACAUCAAAGGAGCCAAAUACACCGGACACCACAGUGCCUUCGGCUGUCCGUACUCAGACAUUAAUAUGCGUAAAGAGGUGGUGCUUCCUGAUAGGCUGGGAGGAGAGAAAGUCGUCACCCUCGUACCCGUCACCAUUUAUCACCAUGGCAACCAAUCGGACAGGGGAAGUGUUCAGGUGAAAACUGAGCCCAGGGACGAGACUCUGCUGCUUCCUCUGGGGAAGAGAAGAAGACUGACAGACAGGCUGUCCCAACCAACCAAAUUCCUGCGUGUGAAACAAGAAGAGGAGGAGCUUCACAUCCGAGCCCUUGGCCCAGCAGAGUCCAGUCUGCAGGCUGCCCUCCACCAGUCUGUCUUCCUGUCAGCCAUGUCGGCGCAGCCUGGCCGCGACCUGUCGCUUUGCUGGGAGCAACACCGCAAACUGCUGCCAGGUGUGGCUGGAGUCCAGGCCGAGACUGUCCAACACUGGAGCGUUCAGCAGGUGUCAGACUUCAUUGAGUCCAUUCCUGGCUGUGAGGAACACGCCAAACAGUUCAGAGACGAGCAAAUCGAUGGGCGGGCCUUUCUCCUACUCACCCAGCGGGACAUCGUCAGGAUCAUGUCAAUCAAACUUGGCCCCGCCCUCAAAAUCUACAACUCCAUCCUGAUGUUCAAACACGCGGAGGACAGGAGCCAAUCACAGGCUGCUGCAGACAGCAGCCAAUCCCAAGCUGCAGAGGACAUGAGUCAGUCACAUGUCGCCGAGGACAGGAGUCUGUCACAUGUCGCCGAGGACAGGAGUCUGUCACAUGUCACCGAGGACAGGAGUCAGUCACAUGUCGCCGAGGACAGGAGUCAGUCACAUGUCGCCGAGGACAGGAGUCUGUCACAUGUCACCGAGGACAGGAGUCAGUCACAUGUCGCCGAGGGCAGGAGUCCGUCACAUGUCGCUGAGGACAGGAGUCCGUCACAUGUCGCCGAGGACAGGAGUCUGUCACAAGCUCAGGAAGGAAACCAAUCACAUGCUGCAGAGGACAGGAACCAAUCACAUGCUGAGGAAUCCUCUGUUCUGUGGGAGGGGCUUCAUUGUCCAUCCAAUGACAUUUAAAUUUCUGAUGUCACACCUCUAAUCUCAGGUGUUCCUGUCGGCAGUCCUGCUGGGAUCCAAACCGACAACCUGUCAGGAAGUCUGACUUCCCUCUGACUCCUCCCCCUUGGUGAUGUCACUGUGAUGUCACACUGAGUGCUGCAGGGUUGACGUUUAUUGUAGGUUGACUCUGAGGUCAGCGUCGUCCUGGUUUCCUGGUCAAACAGUCAGCGGGAUUGUUCUGUUGGAUUCUGGAUUAUUACAGAAACGUUUCUAACCCUGACUGGUUUUGUUCAGUGAGAUCAUUUUCACUCAUAAACACCACGUUAUGAUUUUUGACCCUUAAAUUCAGUCAGCAGAAGUAAAAAGCCAACGUUGGGCUACAAACAAACUACAGCACGGUCACAUGACUUAACGUCACCACCACAACAAGACCGUAAAGUCGUGUUCAGUGACAUUCUGUAGUCUCAUUCGGACACCUGUUAGCAGCCGUGUUUUUUAAAAGACACAUAAGGGACUGUUUAUUAUUCACGGAGGCUCGGGGGAGGGGCACACAUUUAAAUGGUUGUAUUUUGUAUUUAUUUUACCAUCAAAGAAAACAUGCCUUCUAAACCCAAAGACAUGUUUUCUGUAAAAAAUGCCAAAAUGACACAGUUUACAGUCAGAAACUGUAAAAGCAGAUUUUCACAUUUUCGGACGGUCCUUGAACACAACAUGAGACAAAAGCUUCUGUAAAAAACAAAAAACAAAUCUGAUCUCAAAAUACUGAUAUUUCAUCAAAAUCACUUUAUUCUACGUCUCAUUUAAGAUUUGUCCAAAAAUAGAGUUAAAAUAAACUGAGGCUUUUUUCAUCUUACGUAUAACUCUUAAAAAUCUAAUAAGUGAUUUAUGUUAGAGGGAGGAUCAAGGAAAAAUAUGUGUAUGGAGCUUCGGGGAGGGUCACACUGCAGCCUCCACCUCCUCUGAUAAAUAAAGAACAGUCCCUUAAAGCUUGUGUGACAGUGAGGACUUAGUGACGUAUUUUAAGUGUGAAAGUCUCCUCAGCUUGUGUUAACCACAGAAAACCACACCGACUGUAAGAUGUGGGAACAGGAAGUGCUGACAUGCUAAUAUGCUAACUCAUCUCUGGGCUUGAGGACUCAUUCCUGCAGCACUCGAUAAAGGUGAAGGAGCUGAACUCAGACCUGCAGGGGGUGCUCUACUGCACAUGCUCAGUUUGUAACAUCUAUACAACAGAGGGUUCCCUCAGGUCGCCACGGUAACGGCUCAUGAAUUUAAAAAUGUGGGUUGUUUUCAUGUUUCCAACAAUCUGCUGCUGUUUAUGUUCAGUUUUUCUGUCAGUGUUUGAUGAGAUGAAUAAAGUUUCUGAUCUGA